AUGGCCAGGUUUCACUCCAUCAACAACCCUGUCAUCGAUCCCAUUGCCCUCAGAAAAGCAAAGAGUGUCGGUUCCCUCAAUAAAAAGUCGCCCAAACCACCAGCAGCCCCCAAACCCAAACCCACCUCCAAAUGGGUCCCCUUUUCCAAACGGGAUUCCACCGCCCUUGAAAAGGCCUUUCAGAAUAACGACGUCCGAGCAACGGUGCCGGUGAAUGAAGAUCAUUUAUUUGAAGUGGAUGUCACACAACGCACCAUUAGCCCAGUUUAUUGGGAAGGACCGACAUUUGAGGUACGAAGGGCGACGUGGUUUAUGCAAGGCGAUGGAUCCAAAUGGAUGCCCUGUGAAGAAAAUUUAGCCGAACAGAUCGAACUAGGCUAUUAUAAAUACAAACCGUAUGUCGAUGAAGCUUCCAUGGACGAUGCGAGUAAUUCAACCUCUUCGAAACCUGCCGCCGUGUUAUCGCAGAGCAAGUCGGACGAUAGUACCGCCGUCAGUACGGCCGAAGAGAAAAAAUUGGAAAUGAGUCUAGCCAAGCAACCGGUGGAGAAACAGUGGAAUCUGCUAGGCCCUUAUUUGGGACAAUACAUCAUCUACACCGGUAGCAAUACGGCAUGGCUCCUAUCGUAA